AUGGUGGAGAAACUAGCACUUCCAACUCUACGACAUCCAACACCGUAUUGUUUGCAAUGGUUGAACUAUAGUGGGGAUGUUCGAGUAACCAAACAAGUCCAAGUACCUUUCCGAAUUGAAAAGUAUAAGGACGUGGUACUUUGCGACAUGGUUCCGAUGCAAGCAUGUCACGUAUUGUUGGGAAGACUGUGGCAAUUCAACAAAGGAAUUACCUUUGAUGGCAUUACCAAUAAGUACUCUUUCAAACAAGGUGACAAAAGAAUUGUUCUUGUACCACUAACUCCUAGCCAAGUUCGUGAGGAUCAAGAGAGUUCGAUAAAAGAAAGUGAGCUAGAAAGUGAAAAGAAAAAGAAACAAAAGGCCGAGAGUUCAGAACAAGGUGAAAAGGCCGAGAAAAUUGAGAGGAAAAAGGCAUAUAGUGAGCCAGCCAAAGAGGAAAGAAAAGAGAGGAGGCAAAAUCUACUGAUAAAAACUAAUAUAGUGAGGAAAGUUUUAAGUAUUAAUACACCUGUCUUUGUACUUUUGUGCAAAGAGGUGAUGGUUAUUACAAGUGACCUUACUAAUACUUUACCAUCAAGUAUUGUCUCUCUCUUGCAGGAAUAUGAUGAUGUCUUCCCCGAUGAGAUUCCAAGUGGACUACCACCAAUUAGGGGAAUUGAACAUCAGAUCGAUUUAGUUCCAGGCGCUUCACUUCCUAACAAACCAGAUGAAACAAAAGAGCUACAACGGAAAUUUGUGGUUGUAUAUUUUGAUGACAUUUUGAUUAAUAGUAGGAGUGUAGAUGAACAGGUUGAGCAUGUCAAACUUGUCCUUGAUGUACUUCGAAGGGAAAAGCUAUACGCCAAUCUUAAUAAGUGCUCCUUUUGUACUAAUCAACUUGUCUUCCUAGACUUUGUUGUGAGUGAACAGGGAAUCAAGGUGGACGAGGACAAAGUCAAGGCCAUUCGAGAGUGGCCGACUCCAAGCACGGUGGGAGAAGUACGCACCUUUCAUGGUCUCGCAAGCUUUUAUAGACAGUUUGUCAAAAACUUUAGUACCAUUGCUGCACUUUUAACUGCUGUAAUUAAGAAAAAUGAGAAAUUUGUGUGGGGUGAUACUCAAGACCGUGCAUUUCAAAUACUUAAAUACCAACUCACACACGUAUCUCUACUUGCAUUACCGUGUUUUGACAAGAUAUUUGAGAUUGAAUGUGAUGCAUCUGGGGUGGGUAUUGUAGCUGUCUUAAUGCAAGAGGGUAAACCAAUUGCAUAUUUUAGUGAAAAACUCAAUGGGGCAGUCUGGAAUUAUUCUACUUAUGAUAAAGAGUUGUACUCUUUAAUUCGUGCUUUAGAGACCUGGCAGCACUACUUGAGAUCAAGGGAAUUUGUUAUACACACUGACCAUGAAUCGCUUAAGCACAUUAAGUCACAACACAAGUUAAAUAAGCGUCAUGUUAGGUGGAUUGCAUUUAUUGAAACGUUCCCUUAUGUGAUUAAACAUAAAGUUGGGAAAACUAAUGUUGUUGCUGAUGCAUUGUCACGCCGUCACUCUUUGCUCACUCAACUUGAUGCAAAGUUAUUAGGGUUUGAGUUAGUUAAAGAGUUAUACUCCAAUGACCUAGAUUUCUUAGGUAUUUAUGCUUUUUGUGGUUCAGCAACUCAAGACUUAUCACCUUUAUCUUCAUUUGAGCGUGUUAACUUAGAUGGUGCUAAGCGGGCAGAUUUUGUGAAGAAAUUGCAUGAGCAGGUCCGCUUAAACAUUGAGCGAAACAUGGAUCAAGUCGCUCAACGGGUUAACAAGGGACGCCAACGCGUGGUGUUUGAGUCUGGUAAUUGGGUGUGGUUGCACCUGCGCAAGGAGAAGUUCCCUAUCCAAAGGCACAAUAAACUACUCCCACGAGGGGAUGGACCAUUUCAAGUCAUUAAGCGCAUCAAUGACAAUGCGUACAAGCUAGAUCUUCCUGGUGAGUCCAAUGUGAGUGUUGCAUUCAACGUCUCUGACCUUUCUCCUUUUGUUGCAAACGAUGAAGUUGAUUUGAGGAUAAAUCUUUUUCAAGAAGAGGGGAUGAUACGAACCGAGAGAGUCCAUUGGCUAAGGUUCGAGUUCCUCUAA